ACGGUUUAAAUAGACGAGAAAUCACUUGAAAGUUGAAACCCUAAUUUCUUGCAAACUAAGUUUUUUGUUGUGAUCUUAUUUACCUUCUUAAUUAUAUUUAUUUUAUUUUUAGUUACUGGUGAUCCGACAACUACAUGCAUCUGAUAAAUCAGAGAGAGACAACACAAGGGGGACUGAUGGCUACCUCUUUAGAUGGAAAAGCAGGUGAGAGCAAGAAGUGCAGAUGUGCUAGUUUUCUUUGUUCAAGUUUACCAGAUGAUGUGCUGGUUGACAUCCUCUGUCGGGUUACUGAUCGCAAGCAUCUCAUUAGACUUAAAAGUGUUUGCAAAUCUUGGAACAAUCUGAUUACUGAUUCUUGUGUUCCAAAAAUCUCAGCUUCCUCACCUCUUCAUGGCUUUAUUUACCCUGCGUUGAGGGUCAGUAGGAGGGAAAAAUACAUUGAUUAUAUCCCCUGCGCCAUGACUCCAGCAGUUGCACCGGAACCACAUGAAUUUGUCAAGUCCUAUUCUUCGCUGUUGCCUUUUGAACCUGACCGGGGUGAUUUCCUUGAUUGUUGCAAUGGUUUGCUUUUGUUUGUUGAGGGUUCUAUUCCGCAGUACUAUGUGUGCAAUCCUUUGACAAAACAGUGUGUGGUGAUUCCUAGAGAUUUUACACUCGAAAACAUAUGUUCUGCAUCCUUGGCAUUUGAUCCUUUCAAAUCACCUCACUACAGAGUUGUUUGCUUUGAUUAUUCAGAGCCCAAGCCCCCCCAAAAAUUGCGCGUGUUCUCAUCAGAGACUGGCAGUUGGACUAUCCAAGAAACCGCUUUUGGAUAUGGAUCUAAGAAGUCUAGAUUGGCCAAGCAUUGUAUUUACUUGGAUGGAGUGUUGUACCGUCAAUCUGCCUCAAAACAGAUUGACUCAAAACAGAUUGACUCAAAACGACUUUUAUGUUUUGAUCUUAACAGAGGAAAUUCUCGUGCCAUUGAGCUUCCAGAGAAGGAGAGACUUGCUCCCAAUGACUAUGGAUGCAUUGGGCUGUCGAGGCGCCAUUUAUGUUAUUUCAAUCUUGUUGGAACUGCAUUACACUUUUGGUUGCUUGAGGAUCGUUGCAAGAAUGACAGAUGGACUCUGAUUCACAAUAUCAAUGUUGAUUAUUUGGGAAAACAUUUGCAUCGGCUGGAUAGGAUUACUAUUUCCAGAUUUGGUAAAAUUUCAGCUUUGAGGCCCUUUGCUUUGCAUCCAACUUCUGAAGUUAUCUUCUUUGGGACUCGGGGUGCUAUGCUCAGUUAUCAUCCCGAAGACAAAAGGGUGGAAUUGAUUUAUAGAACAAAGAAAGACAGGCAAAUAAUUAUGGGGCAGAACUCGGUUUUUCCAUACACACCAUGCCUGGUGAAUUUGAAAGAUUUUGGUCAAUUGGAUUGCAGUUUGAGCCAGCCAUGAGUAGCCAGCCCACUUCUUUUGUCUCACUAGAUGAUAUUUUUCUGUAUCCUCGUUUCUUUUAAUACCAUUUAUGCUAUUGAUGGAACAUUAUUAUCUAGCGUAGUCUCCUACAAUUCAAGCUGUAGAAGUUUUGGUUAUUCAGUUAAUUUGUGUGUGUGUGGAGGGGUGGGUCAGGGUUUUACAAGAUUGGUUCUUGGUCCAGUAGAAUCGAACCAACAAUUUUACGAGAUUAAAAGGAUUCUUGAUCUCCUUCAUUGGCAGUUGGAUUGUAAGGGUUUCUGAAUUUCAAGGCAACAACCAGUCCAUUACAGCCACACAGCUUCAUGCUUUUGAACUUGAAUUCCAACUUCUUCUUCCCAGGGCAGAGAGAAGAUACUUAAUGGGUUUUGUCUUGCAACAAUUUUAGAGUUCUCAUUUCUCAAAUUAAGAAUCACCAAGGCAACAAGUUUUUCUUCCUUCCCCUCCUUUUUCCAAGAUGGUUUUCCUUGUUUUACUUGCCAUCUCCAUAUUUUGUCUCAGUUAACUUGAAAUCAAUGAUCUUUUUGUUACGCUUUCCAUGUUACUUCGUGUCUGAUCUCUAUUUGGAACAUUUGUUAAGCUGCUUCGCUUUGCAGCCAUGUUCUGACCUUUAGGGAUUGGUGGUGUUAUCAUUUUCUUGGUUCCGGGUAUUACCAGACUUGAAGUUGUUGUUCUUGAAAGGAGGACAGACUGCGGUCCUAAGCGACAGGUUGCUGAAUCUGAUGAUGUUACACACAAACCACCAUUGGUUUCGUGGCUGCAUUCUGUAUCGUACCAUUGUUCUCAAUCAACAAUUGGAAGUUCACCAUCAAAAGGGCCAGGUUUUAAUGCUGUCAGCAGGGCCAGGUCUGUGCUUCGUCAAGAGAUCCGUACGUCUUCAUCAAAUUUCUAAUGCCUGACCAAUUGAUGACCUCCUUUGAGUCGCAUCUACUUCCACUAGACAAGGUUUAUUGCUCCAUGCUAACAUAUAUAUAAUAUAAUCCUUUUAUCCACUCUUAACAACGAGUAAUGGGGCAACCGUGGCACCUUGUACAGCAAGAAAGCAAUCAGUUCUCUACCUUUCCGAGUGGAGGUAUCUUCACAUCAUCUGAAGCAUUGAGCUACCGCACCUGUUCAGAUGCUAUAACUGCAAUGCUAUCUAGAAUAUUUCAGGAUAGAGUACAUGUUCUCUCUCACUUCAAUUCCUUGGUGAAAGCUACCACUACGCACCCUAGUACACAGAAUGUCAACGUGGCUUGUGCGGCACUUUCAUAGUGUUGUUUUGGAUUGGAUUGAGUAGCUUUGGUAAAGGUGAUUUCAAAAGCAUCUCAAGAAAUGUGGUCAUUACCAGAAAAAGUAGCUUGACAUGCCCAGAAGCACUUCCUUCCCACGACAGAAUUCUGUGAAGAAAGAGAGGAAAUGAGCAUGAGCAUGAGCAUAUGACAUUACCUCGGUGCAUAACAAAGACAGCUGCUUCAUCAUCUGAUGAUCAUUGGGUUACUCCGGGCGAAGCGAAGGAUGGCACUGCAGAGCCAGAUAGCAGGGUAUUAUAUCUUUAGGUAGUAUGUAAGUUUAGAGGUUUUUGUCAUGCUUUAUAACUUUUUUGGGGUCGAAUUAUGUUAGUAUGGGAGAGUGGUUUGACUAUAUUUUUUAAUUUUUUAAAUUUAUUUUAAAAAAAAUUUAAAUUGAUA